AUGGAAACUCUCAAAUCCCAACCUUUAUGGAUGCUCUUUCUACUCUUUCUUGGUUUUCUCUCUCUUCUUAAAUCUUUCCUCAAGAUCCUCAAUUGGGUGUUCAUUGUCUUCCUCAGACCUCCUAAAAAUCUCAAAAAAUACGGGUCAUGGGCACUCGUAACGGGUCCAACCGACGGUAUCGGUAAAGCUUUUGCCUUCCAAUUGGCUAGCAAAGGACUCAAUUUGGUUCUCGUGGGUCGGAACCCGGAUAAACUGAAGGAUGUUUCGGAUACAAUCCGGGGUAAAUUCAAUCAAACUCAAAUCAAGACUAUGGUGGUCGAUUUCUCUCAUGAUUUAGAUCAGGGGAUCGACAAGAUUAAGGAAACAAUCGAUGGUUUAGAUGUCGGGAUUCUGAUUAACAAUGUUGGGGUGUCGUAUCCUUAUGCUAGAUUCUUUCACGAAGUCGAUGAUAAAUUGUUGUGUGAUUUGAUUAGGGUUAAUGUCGAAGGGACGACGAAAGUUACGGGUGUUGUAUUGGGAGCGAUGAUUAAGAGAAAGAAAGGAGCGAUUGUUAAUAUCGGAUCGGGUGCCACCGUUGUUCUCCCGUCUGAUCCUCUUUAUGCACUUUAUGCCGCCACGAAAGCGUAUAUCGACCAGUUUUCAAGGUGCCUCUAUGUCGAGUACAAGAAGAGUGGCAUUGAUGUCCAGUGUCAGCUACCCUUGUAUGUGGCAACAAAGAUGUCUUCGCUCAGAAGGUCUUCGUUCUUUAUUGCAUCACCAGAUGGUUAUGCUCGAGCAGCGAUACGCUAUAUUGGCUAUGAACCACGAUGCACGCCAUACUGGACGCAUUCGGUAUUGUGGGCUUUUGCCAGCUUGUUACCAGAGUCGGUUAUCGAAGCUUGGUGGCUAAGGGUUUGUCUUGCGAUUCGCAAGAAAGGACAUCUUAAAGACUCCCGAAAAAAGUUAUAG